AUUCAUGCCGCUUAUACCGGAUACAUGAAACAAGUUGCAAGGAUGCUGUGCAGGGACGCAAACAUAACGGCCAACGAAACCAGAAUCUCUCAGUUUGCUGACGACGCCAUCGACAUGGAGAAUGAGUUAGCUAAUCUGGUCUUUCAGGUGGAUCCGCAGCCUUACCCACAUGAACCUGCCAACAGGAUGUCCCUGGGGACUAUCACCCAACUCGUCAACAAUACG